AUGCGUCUUGACUGGGCAGUUUACAAAAACAAUCAUCCGCCUGCAACGUUGGACACCUUUGGCAUCUUCAUGUCUGGUUUGGUCACAGCGGCAAGCGAAGUUAGUUUCAGUAUUCCAGGAGGGAGCUCUCAGAAAUACAUCACGUACACUGAAGUCAAAAACAGUAAGCCUAAGGGUAACACGGGCGUCGUUCAGGCACAUUCUGCAGAGCAGCCGACAGCUCCAACCACUAACAAAACCUCCACCGGCGCGAAACCGGACAAGCAGUGCCAAGCGUGCGGUCGAACCGGCCAUCGAGUUGCUGAGUGUCAUCAAUUCAAGGGAGCCAGUUUAGACGAACGGUGGAAGCUAGUCCAGCAGAAAGAACUUUGUAGAACGUGCCUCAAUAGUCACGCUAGUCACGUUACCUCCGGUAAUUUUCAGUGGCCACUUUUCCGCAUUCUUCCCGUGGUUCUGUAUGGCAACCAUUCCUCCCAAGUUGUCUACGCCUUCAUCGAUGAAGGAUCGUCCUACACUCUCCUGGAUGAAUCAGUUGCGAAAGGUCUGGGAGUCGCGGGGAAAACAGAUCCGCUCACCUUGAAGUGGACCGGAAACGUGACACGGGUCGAACCGACCUCGCAAUGUGUCCAGCUUGAUAUCUCCGGCAAAAAUAUAAAUUCCCGAUACUCUCUUUUCAAUGUCCGGACGGUUAAUCGACUAGUUCUUCCUACCCAAAGCAUGAAGUACCAGGAGCUAGCUAAGCGCUUUCCCCAUCUGCGUGGUCUCCCCAUCGACGACUAUGAGUCGAUCGAACCCAAGCUUCUCAUCGGCUUGGAUAAUUUGAAACUGGGAGUUCCGCUCAAGCUGCGAGAAGGAGGGCAAACUCAUCCGAUUGGGGCAAAGUGCCGUCUAGGUUGGAGUGUCUACGGUUACGUCCCAAAUCUGUCGUCGCAUUCAGCAAUCGUUGGAUUUCACGUCGGAGCGGUCUCAGAUCGCGACCGCGAACUCAACGAACAGCUCCAUGACUAUUUCACGCUUGAAGACAACGGAGUCACCAUUCCAAAUCCUGAAAUGGAAUCCGAAGAUGAGAAACGAGCGAUACGGUUACUACAGGAGACUACACGACGCACGCCCGAGGGAGCACAUUUCGAAACCGGAUUACUGUUUAAAACGGACGAUCCAAACUUUCCUGACACUUAUCCCAUGGCUGUCCGACGUCUGGAGGCACUAGAGCGUAGACUUCAACGAGAUCCAGCGCUGAAAGAACGUGUGCACCAGCAAGUAUUAGACUACGAACGGAAAGGAUACCGUGCAACUCUUGCCGAAUUGACUUCCGUUGAGGCAAAUCGUGUAUGGUACCUUCCCCUAGGUGUCGUUACAAACCCCAAAAAACCAGACAAAAUUCGGCUGAUCUGGGAUGCGGCGGCCAAGGUGGGGGAAGUCUCCUUUAACUCCCGUCUCCUAAAAGGACCCGACCUACUAGUCGCGCUCCCGACGGUCCUCAGCCAGUUUCGCCAAUUUCCAGUGGCGCUUACUGGUGACGUCAUGGAAAUGUUUCAUCAGCUGCGAAUGCGUUUCCCUGACUGUCAAUCGCAACGUUUCCUUUUCCGGUUUUGUUCCUCGGAUAACCCCCAAGUUUACGUCAUGGACGUCGCUACAUUUGGGGCGUGCUGUUCCCCGGCGUCGGCACAGUACGUAAAGAACCUUAACGCCGAUGAGUUCGCUAGCGAUUAUCCAAGAGCAGCGGACGCCAUCAAGAAAAAGCAUUACGUCGACGACUACUUGGACUGCUUCAAGACGAUCGAGGAGGCGAUUACAGUCGUGAACGAGGUCAGGCUUGUGCAGUCCAGGGGAGGCUUCACUCUACGGCGAUUCCUUUCCAAUGAACCCGAAGUGCUGCGAGGAAUAGGUGAAGUAGCUGAAGAGGAAUCUAAAAGCCUUCAUAUGGAACGAGAGGGCAAGUCCGAAUCGGUACUUGGGAUGCAAUGGAUCCCGAAAGAAGAUGUGUUCAUCUACUCCUUCGGAACACGCGAUGAUUUACAGGCCAUCCUGCAUCCAGAUCAUAUGCCCACCAAGCGUGAAGUGGCCAAGGUGGUCUGGAGCCUUUUCGAUCCGCUCGGUCUAAUCGCGUAUUUCCUGGUUCACGGUAAAAUCUUUAUCCAGGAGCUCUGGGCGCGUGGAGUCGGCUGGGAUCAAGAAAUCCCCCAAGAACUAAAUGGACGUUGGCGACAAUGGGUGUGCUUACUCCAGCAACUGGGUAAACUUCGCAUUCCUCGAAGCUACUUCCAACCGACACAUGACUAUUCUCGUCUGCAAAUCCACGUCUUGGCUGAUGCUAGCGAAACCGCUUACGCCUGUGCAGUGUACUUCCGCUUGGAGACGUCCCGCGGCAUAGAAGUGACACUUGCUGAAGCCAAAACUAAAGUUGCCCCGUUGAAAACACUAUCUAUUCCUCGUCUCGAACUGAAAGCGGCAGUUUUGGGCGUACGCUUGAUGAACACGGUCCUGAAACGUCAUACCUUCGUGGUUUGUCAACGCUACUGUUGGAGUGAUGCAACCACUGUCCUCGCGUGGGUGCGCUCCACCGAUCAUCGGCGUUAUCAUAAAUAUGUAGCCGUUAGGGUCGGCGAUAUCUUGUCAUCCACGCAACAAUCCGAGUAG